ACUGGAGGUGAUGAGCACAGCGUCCUCUCCAGGAUAGGAUCAGGAAAGUUCAGGUGGAACGACGAGUGAGCUCAGAAAACCCGGAUCAGUGUCCGUGAAUGGUGAAAAUGGGAUGAGAGUAUACCAUAAGAAUCUUCAUUUAUCUUCCUAUGAUAAAGCAGAAGAUAACAAUACCACACAAGCUAAUUCAAUAACUCCUAAUGUACCCUCAGUCCUUCACAGUGGAGAUCUAUCCACCGAUACUGCUGGUCACAAGAAACCUUCAUCUAAUCAAUCACUGACUGGCAAAACAAGAAAUAAACAGAAUUGUGGAAAAAUAUUUUCACAUGGGAAACCUUUUAAGAAGAAAUCUAAUCUUUCUUUACAUGAGAGAAAUUGCAGAGUUAAAAAGCCAUUUUCAUGUUCAGAUUGUCAGAAAUGUUUUUGUCAGAAAGCUGGUCUUGUGAGACAUCAGAGAAUUCACACAGGAGAGAAGCCGUUUCUGUGUCCUGAAUGUGGGAAGUGUUUUCGUGUGAAAUCAAUCCUUGCAGCACAUCAAAGAGUUCACACAGGAGAGAAGCCGUUUAUGUGUCCUGAAUGUGGAAAGUGUUUUAGUGAUAAAUCAGAUCUUGUAGUACAUCAAAGAAUUCACACAGGAGAGAAGCCAUUUUCAUGCUCAGAAUGUGAGAAAUGUUUUAGUCAGAAAUCAAGUUUAAUUAAGCAUCAGAGAACUCACACAGGGGAGAAGCCAUUUUCAUGUAUUGAAUGUGGAAAGUGUUUUAGUGAUAAAUCUGAUCUUGUAGUACAUCAAAGAAUUCACACAGGAGAGAAGCCAUUUUCAUGCUCAGAAUGUGGGAAAAGUUUUACUGAUAAAUCUGGCUAUGUGAAACAUCAAAGAAUCCACUUAAGACAGAAGACAUUUUCAUGUUCAGUAUGUGGGAUAUGUUUUUUCCUUCAAUCAAGUUUAACUCGGCAUCAGAUAACUCACACAGUGGAGAAGCCAUUUUCAUGUAUUGAAUGUGGAAAGUGUUUUAGUGAUGAAUCUGAUCUUGUAGUACAUCAAAGAAUUCACACAGGAGAGAAGCCAUUUUCAUGCUCAGAAUGUGGGAAAUGUUUUAGUCAGAAAUCAAGUUUAAUUAAGCAUCAGAGAACUCACACAUGGGAGAAGCGAUUUUCAUGUAUUAAAUGUGGAAAGUGUUUUAGUGAUAAAUCUGAUCUUGUAGUACAUCAAAGAAUUCACAAAGGAGAGAAGCCAUUUUCAUGCUCAGAAUGUGGGAAAUGUUAUACUGAUAAAUCUGGUCUUGUGAAACAUCAAACAAUCCACUUAAGACAGAAGACAUUUUCAUGUUCAGUAUGUGGGAUAUGUUUUUUUCUUCAAUCAAGUUUAACUCGGCAUCAGAGAGCUCACAGGGGAGAAGUCUGACCUGUCUUCAAGAUAUGUCAUCAAUAUCAGAUUGGGGGUGUUUCAAAACUUGAGACCCCCACUGAUCAGCUAUUUGAGGAGGCCUCCUUGCAGCUUACAAAGCACAAUGCUUUCUAAUGCUUGGUAUUGCAGCUCAGUCUCAUUCGCUUCAAUAUCACUGAGCUGCUUCUAGGCCAUAUUAACGAUGAAUGAGACUACAGAAUACAGUUCAAACUUUUCACCCUCACCCACAAAGCUCUCCACAGUGCUGUACCUCCAUAUAUCUCAUCUACAUCUACCACCCUACUCGUGCUCUCCGUUCUGUUAG